AUGAAAGUCUUGUCACUCUUGGUUUCUUUUGCAGCGGCGGUUUCUGCGUUUGCUGUAAGGCAGGCCGACGUCGCAAGGGAUCUGAAGACAUUGGUAUCGUCACCAUCUUCAGUCAAUGUCGAACCUCGAGCACGAUGGAGUGACUACAACGCGCCCUUGCCAGCGGUUGUCGUCAGUGUGCAAGCUGAAAAAGAUAUAGCGACAAUAAUUAAAUACUGUACAAAGAUUGGGAUACCGUUCCUUGCGCAAAAUGGCGGUAUUGGAUGGGGAAAGACGUUCAGUUUGGGGAAAUGGGGCGUUCUGAUUGACCUAUCCAAUCUCAACAAAGUCACUGUCGCUGCAGACAAGAAGACCGCCACUAUUGGUGGCGGUGCAAGCAUCGGAGACACUAUCGCAGCAGCGAAUGCAGCAGGCGCAUUGAUCAUCACUGGCAAUUGCAAUUGUGUUGGCGCUCUGGGAGCUAUGCUCGGCGGCGGCUAUGGCAAUCUCAUGGGUGAGGUCGGUUUCGGGGUCGACAACAUUAUCUCUAUGCGUGUGAUUAUCGCAUCAGGUGAGAUACUCACUGUAUCAGCUAUGUCUCAUCCGGAACUGUUCUGGGCACUACGGGGCGCAGGUCCCAACUUCGGAAUCGUGGUUUCAGCAACCGUCAAGGCAAUGCCCGCUACCGAAGAAGAUCGCACCGCAUUCAUCAAUAACCUCUUCUUCUCACCCGACAAGCUCGAGCGGGUUGCGCAAGCGGUGGAAGACCUUCCCCUCACGCCACAACAGCGAGUUUACCUUGUCCUAACUUCUAGUGGCGAGCCACUCAACGAGCCCUCCAUCCUCGUCACUGGUCUUCUUCGUAAAGGAACGAAUGAGACAGGUCGUGCAGCCUUCGCCCCUUUCUACGAUAUCGGCCCCAUAUCCGAAUCCAGCGCAAUCACCACAUAUGAUCACUGGAAUGAUGCCAAUAUCGGCUUUUGCACUCGCGGUGGUCGCAAGCCGUCGUACAGCUCAACUAUCACGGGAAUGAGCGCACAAAAGUGGCCUGAGAUCUGGGAGCUCUACAAGGGUUUCCAGGCGAAAGGUCCGAACUCUGCCGUGCUCGUUGAGCGCUACAAUUUGACCAAGGCCAUGUCGAUACCUAUUGGCUCGGCAGCCAUGAAUGAAGCGUUUAGGAGGGAUGCCUUCUCUCAGGCAAUCGUUAUACCGUGGUAUGAUGACGCCAGUCUAGAUGCUGAGGCUUUAGAAUUUGGAAGUAAGGUCAGGGCGCUGUGGACGAGAGGUAACAAUCCGAAGAAUGACCCUACCUAUGCCAACUUUGCAUUCGGCGACGAGACGAACACCGCCGUAUACGGAUCCAGCCUCGCGAAACUGAAGACGCUCAAGAAGAAAUACGACCCGAAAAGGGUGUUUACUCAAUGGUUUCCGAUUCAACCAUAG